AUGGGCCCGCACCACCUCAGCCUGUUCGCGAUCCUGCUGUUGCUGCAGGUUUCCUCGUGGCUCUGUGAGGAGCCGGAGCCUUGCAGUCCGGGUUUUGGCGCCGAGAGCUACACGUUCACGGUUCCGCGGCGGCACUUGGAGAGAGGGCGCGUCCUGGGCAGAGUGAGUUUUGAAGGAUGCACUGGUCGACCAAAGACAGCCUAUUUGUCCGACGACACCCGAUUCAGAGUGGCCACUGAUGGUGUGGUUAUUGUUAGACGACCUCUACAGCUUCAUAAUCCAGAGACCAGCUUUCUUGUCCAUGCCUGGGACUCCAGUGGCAGAAAGCUUUCCACCAAAGUGACACUGAAGACUAUUGGGCACCACCACCACCACCACCACCAGCAUCAUGACUCUCCCUCUGGACCUCAGACAGAAGUGCUCAAGUUUCCUGACUUCCAUCAUGGGGGUCUCCGGAGACAGAAGAGAGACUGGGUCAUCCCUCCCAUCAGCUGCCCAGAGAAUGAAAAGGGUCCAUUUCCUAAAAACCUUGUUCGGAUCAAAUCCAGCAGGGACAAAGAAAUUGAGGUGUUCUACAGCAUCACUGGAGAAGGGGCUGACAGACCUCCUGUGGGUGUGUUUAUCAUUGAGAGAAAAACAGGAUGGUUGAUGGUGACACAGCCUCUGGAUAGAGAAGAAAUUUCCAAUUACACUCUCUUGUCUCAUGCUGUGUCUUCAAACGGAGAGGCAGUCGAAGACCCGAUGGAAAUUGUGAUUACGGUGACAGAUCAGAAUGACAAUAAGCCCAUAUUCACUCAGCAAGUCUUUGAAGGGUUUGUCAUGGAAGGCGCUCUCCCAGGAACCUCGGUGAUGCAGGUCACAGCCACCGAUGCCGAUGACGAUGUCAACACCUACAACGCUGCCAUUGUUUAUACCAUUGAAAGCCAAGAGCCUACAUUGCCUCAUGACAACAUGUUUACUAUCAACCGAGACACGGGAGUCAUCGGUGUGGUCACCACUGGGCUGGAUCGAGAGAGUGUUCCCAAGUAUACCCUGGUGGUCAAAGCUACUGACCUUCAAGGUUUUGGCUUAAGUACAACAGCAACAGCCAUGAUCACCGUCACUGACACCAACGACAACCCUCCCAUCUUCAACCCAACCAUGUACGAGGGUAAGGUUCUUGAGAAUGAGGCCAAUGCCACAAUCACCAACCUCAAAGUGACUGAUGCUGACGUCCCCAAUACCCCAGCAUGGGAGGCCAAGUACUACGUAUUGAAUGAUAAUGAGAAGCAAUUUGUUGUCAUCACAGAUCCAGUAACAAAUGAAGGCAUUUUGAAAACAACUAAGGGCUUAGAUUUUGAAACCAAGCAGCAGUACGUUCUGUAUGUGGCGGUAGAGAAUGUGGCCCCCUUUGUGGUCAGUCUUUCCACCUCAACAGCCACGGUGACUGUGGACGUGCUGGAUGUGAAUGAAGCCCCCAUCUUUAUGCCUCCUGUCAAGACCGUAGAAGUGCCUGAAGACUUUGGUGUAGGCCAGGAAAUCACAUCUUAUACUGCGCAGGAUCCAGACAGGUUUAUGGAACAGAAGAUAACGUAUCGGAUUUGGAGGGACACUGCCAACUGGCUAGAGAUUGAUCCAGACACUGGGACCAUUUCCACUCGGGCCGAGCUGGACAGAGAGGACUCUGAGCAUGUGAAGGACAGCACAUACACGGCCCUCAUUAUAGCUAUUGAUGAUGGUUCUCCACUUGCUACGGGCACAGGAACCCUUCUUCUGACUCUCUCUGAUGUGAAUGACAAUGGCCCUGUACCAGACCCUCGAACUAUGGACUUCUGUCAGAAGGAUCCACAGUCUCAUACCAUAAACAUCAUUGAUCCAGAUCUUCCCCCCAAUACUUCUCCCUUCACAGCAGAAUUAACACAUGGGGCAAGUGUCAACUGGUCCAUUGAGUAUAAAGAUGCAGCUCGAGAAUCUAUCCUUUUGAAGCCAAAGAUUCCUUUAGAGGUGGGUGACUACAAAAUAAAUCUCAAGCUAACGGAUAACCAGAACAAAGACCAGGUGACUACCUUAGAUGUCUUUGUGUGUGACUGCAUAGGGGCCGUCAACAACUGUAAGAAGACUGUGCCACUUGCUGAAGCAGGAUUGCAAGUUCCUGCUAUUCUGGGGAUUCUUGGAGGAAUCCUUGCUUUUCUAAUCCUGCUCCUGCUGCUCCUGCUAUUUGUUCGGAGGAGAAGAGUGGUCAAGGAGCCCUUGUUGCCCCCAGAAGAUGACACACGGGACAAUGUUUAUUACUAUGAUGAAGAAGGAGGUGGAGAAGAGGACCAGGACUUUGACUUGAGCCAGUUGCACAGGGGCCUGGAUGCUCGACCUGAAGUGACUCGCAAUGAUGUGGCACCAACCCUUAUGAGUAUGCCCCAGUAUCGACCCCGUCCUGCCAAUCCUGAUGAAAUCGGAAAUUUCAUCGUGGAAAACCUGAAGGCAGCCGACAGUGACCCCACUGCUCCCCCUUAUGACUCUCUGCUCGUGUUUGACUACGAAGGUAGUGGUUCUGAAGCUGCCAGUCUGAGCUCCCUGAACUCCUCAGAGUCAGACCAAGACCAGGACUACGACUACUUGAAUGAAUGGGGCAAUCGCUUCAAAAAGCUGGCAGAUAUGUACGGAGGUGGCGAGGACGACUAA